GAAGCUACAAUUUUCUCCAACUCUCUCUUCGACCCUUCCCCUUCCCUCUUCCACCUGCAAAUCUCCCACCCAUUCUUUCCAGCCCGAAUCCCUAAUCCCAAAAAUUACUUAAAGAAGCUUUCAUUUUCCCCAACCCUUCUCUUCGACCCUUCCCUUUCCUCUCCCAUAUGCAAAUCUCCCACCCAUUCUUCCCAACCCCCAACUUCAUCGGCCAGCGAAGAUCCAGGAUCUGCAGAUUCCAUCUUCCUCAUCUUGCUUUCUCCCUCUUCUUCCCCGUUCCGUUCUCUAUAACAGAGGCAAUAGUUUGGGCUGUGGGAUUUGAAGGGGUUCAAUGAGGAAUCCAAAUUGAGGCUCAGAGAGUGGAUUCGGGAUGGGUCGACGACCACAAAAUCCCGUCAAUUUCAUUGUCUUCACGGGAGGUUCAAGAUCUGGAGGAAGCUCUCUCUCUCUCUCGCAGCUAAUCGUGACAGUGAAGGAGAGAUUUUGCGAGGUGGCGAUGGACUAGGAAGUAGGGGGAUGUUGCGCCAGUGACGACGGUGGAGGAUGCUUCAGAUUUGAGUGGCAGAAUGAGAAGUGUGGCGGCCGGAAAGAAAGGGGAGGGAAGCAAUUUCGUGAUUUACAGGAGGGAUUUGGAGAGAAUGUUACAGGCGAGGGAAGCGAUUUCAUGAUUGAGUGACCGUGCCUGUUUCUCUCCAGCACGAAUAUGGGUUUAAGGAGAAUGUUACGGGAGUGGUGAAGAUGGAGGGAUUUGGGUAUAUUUUUUUUUGUUUUCAUGUAAUUAUAAUAAGAAGUGGAAGGAUGGAUAUUAAAAACCUCAUUUGAAAAUUUUAUUCCUUCUUUUUAGUGUUUUUCUACUAUUUCUCCUUUUUUUCAUUCCCUAAAUCCACGUGAAUUUUUAUAGAAAAAAUUGGCUGGAAGCGCUCGCCACAUCAGCAUCUCUGUUUGUCUAGUUAGACUUAAAACUAAUAGCGUUAAAGAAUUGGACGAAAAUGACUAUAAGUGGUAUUUCGCCAAAUUUGGCUAUUAUUGGCACAAGCGCGAAGUUAUGCUAUACAAGUUUAUUUUGCCUAUUUUUUACUGAUAGACCAUUGAUUACACAUGAUUUUACCCCUAUUCUUGAGUCGUUUGAGAUGUUGAUUCUAGUGUUUUAAGCCGAUUUCACGCUAGGUUGUGCGUUUAUGUCAUAUUUCAGGGCUUAGCGUUGGAAUCGAGGCGAAGAAACGAGUUUCGGGUCGAAAGGAGCACGUUUGGGGUGAAGUGUGCUGGAGGGGAAAAAUACCCGGCCAUGAGCAGAAAUACCCGGCCGGGUAUAUUUGGAGCAGACCGGGGAUUUGUUGCUUCGGCCGUCUCUGAGAAGCAGAAGGGGGCCCGGGCAGAGAGCUAAAAUCCCGGUCGGGGAUUCUUGGCAUUGACCGGGGAUUUUUCCCUGUCUUCAGACGCGACGUUUUGAAUAUACCCGGUCGCCACCCAAAAUACCCGACCGGGUAUUCAGACCAGGGAUCACGACAGACAGCUUUUUAAGGGAAAAUAGACAAGGGGUUCCGAGUUUUAGAGAGACAGAGUGAUACCUAGAGAGAGAAAGUGACGAAAAUGACUCUACAAGUGUCAUAGAUCGAUCUCCAUCACCAUUGGAGCCCGACUUGAGCUUGGAGAAGACCUGAUUGAGUGCCAGAAGCAGAUUAUCAUCCUUCACAGUAUGGUUUCCACAUCUGAGCUAGAUUUUCCAUCUCUCUCUAUGGAGUAGUUUUCUUAUUCACCUGGGUAUGAAGAACCCUAGAUUUGUAUGUUAGGUCUGAUUGUAUGAACCCAAGUACAGAUUCAUUGAUAUGAUUAUGUUCAAUUGAGGUUUGAUUUGUUGAAUGACAUUAAUCCUGAUCAAAUUCCUGUUGUUUCUGCUUUAACCUAGAAAGAGAAUAUAUGCCUAGGUUGAUAGAGCCCCCUUGAUUGAAGGUAGUGAAUUGGCGACUUUAGUCGAGGAGUCAAUUCACUAUUCUGUAUCGAAUUUACUUCGGUAGUGGAGGUUUGGUUCGUUAGGGCCUCAAUCUGUUUACUCUGGUGGAGGUUAGUCGCCCGUCGAAGACUCAGAUUGAGAGGGUCUGGAGACCUUUAGUCGAGACUUCAGACUGUUUAAGAACCUACCGCAGUAUAACUAUCUUUGAACUUGAACUUGAUAAAUUACAAUCCGACUUAACUGCAGUCUAGGGGGAACCAUAUCCGGGUGACCUCUCUCGACUUGAAAAACAACCUUUUUACUUGCUUUGCUUGUUUGCUUGCUUUGACCUUCACAAAAGUUUCACUGCUAAAUAAUAAGAACUCACGGAGUAGUCAUCACAUCUAGGACCCGGGUUGAACAGGGUGCUCAUGUCAAAAAUUAAAAGCAGUUGGUCCUCCAUGUCGAAAUCUUUAAAUCUUAAACAUGGGGUAAGCCCAACGUGUGUGGCACCGUUCAUUGCAUAAAAAUCGGGUUUUGGAAGAGAUUUUAGUGAUCCUUAGUGGGGUACUCCUACAAGGUGAAGCUAAGCCGUCUCUAGUACAAGUAAAACUUCCACCCGUUGAACGGUUUGCCUUAGGGGUGGGCAUACGGUUCGGUAAAACCGAACCGAACCGAAUUCAAACCGAACCAAAACCGAAUAACAUUACUUCGGUUCGGAAUUCGGAAGAGAAAAGGGUAUAUUUCGGAAACCAAGGUCCUUUCGACCGAACCGAAUUUCCGAAUUACUAUAAUUGCAAGUUCCUAAUGGUGAAUUUUUAUGUUCGUACUUAUUAUGAGACUUAAAUAUUUGAAUUAUGUUAGUGUUUUAUGAGUUAUGUGUUGAAAUGUUUGAUUUUAUCAUUGAUGAUGCAUUUAAUUGCAUAUUUAUUGUUUACAUUAGGGGUGAAAAAUAAUUUGAAAGAGAAAAAUACAAGCUAACCUCACAAUUUCGGUUUUUCAUACAAAACCGAACCAAAUUAUAAUUCGGUUUGAACCGACCGAACCAAAUUAUAAUUCGGUUGAAUUCGGUUUGAGAUUUGAUGGAACUCGGAAACCCGGUAUACAUUAUUUCGGUUCGGCUUGAACCAAACCGACCGAAUGCCCACCCCUAGUUUGCCUACUUGAGGAUGUGAUUUUAAGGGCACGGAUAGAGCUUCCGACCCCCCUUAAUUUCAUUGACCCUCCACACGAGUGAGGAAAAGGAGUUAAACGAAGUACUCUGGCGAGCGCCAGAUGUACAAAAAUUGCUCUUGCUCGACAAAUAAAGGUCGACCGUGCAAAAGAAUGCAGUUGGAACCCCCGCUAACUGAAUGAGAAAGAAAAAAAAAAGAAGUAAAAUGAAAGUGAAAAAGGGGUUCCAAUGGUAAAAUGAAGUGAAAGAGCACCCCGGUACAACAAGUCCUUGGUUAAGAAUGGUAUGAGUCCCUUUAUCCAUGAACUGACUGUCUUACGUCAACUUCUUCUCAUGAUCCUGGCUUGAGUCUAGUACUCGCAUUGAGAGAGAUAGGGAACGUCUUACAAGACUAGUUGACCUCGUAAGCUGCUAUAUGAUCUAGGAAAUCCUCUACCGACGAUCGGGGUUGUUUGUUGCUAUAGAGGUCUGGAGAGCUGCAUUGGUUUGAGUCAGGUUUGCUUGGGGACAAGCAAAUGGUUAAGUGUGGGGGAGUUUGAUAGACCAUUGAUUACACAUGUUUUUACCCCUAUUCUUGAGCCGUUUGAGAUGUUGAUUCUCGUGUUUUAAGCCGAUUUCACGCAAGGUUAUGCAUUUAUGUCAUAUUUCAGGACUUAGCGUUGGCAUCGAGGGGAAGAAAUGAGUUUCGGGUCGAAAGGAUCACAUUUGGGGUGAAGUGUGCCGGAGGGGAAAAAUACCCGGCCAUGAGCAGAAAUACCCGGCCGGGUAUUAUUUGGAGAAGACCGGGGAUUUGUUUCUUCGGGCGUCUCUGAGAAGCAGAAGGGGGCCUGGGCAGAGAGCAAAAAUCCCCGGUCGGGGAUUCUUGUCAUUGACCGGGGAUUUUCCCCUGUCUUCAGACGCGGCGUUUUGAAUAUACCCUAUCGCCACCCAAAAUACCCGACCGGGGAUCGCGACAGACAGCUUUUUAAGGGAAAAGAAGGGCAAAAGACAAGGGGUUCCGAGUUUUAGAGAGACAGAGCGAUACCUAGAGAGAGAAAGUGACGAAACUGACUCUGCAAGUGUCAUAGAUCGAUCUCCGUCACCAUUGGAGCCCGACUUGAGCUUGGAGAGGACCUAAUUGAGUGCCAGAAGCAGAUUAUCAUCCUUCACAGUAUGGUUUCCGCAUCUGUGCUAGAUUUCCCAUCUCUCUCUAUGGAGUAGUUUUCUUAUUCACCUGGGUAUGAAGAACCCUAGAUUUGUAUGUUAGGUCUGAUUGUAUGAACCCAAGUACAGAUUCAUUGAUAUGAUUAUGUUCAAUUGAGGUUUGAUUUGUUGAAUGACCUGAAUCCUGAUCAAAUUCUUGUUGUUUCUGCUUUAACCUAGAAAGAGAAUAUCUGCCUAGGUUGAUAGAGCACCCUUGAUUGAAGGUAGUGAAUUGGCGACUUUAGUCGAGGAGUCAAUUCACUAUUCUGUACCGAAUUCACUUCGGUAGUGGAGGUUUGGUUCGUUAGGGCCUCAAUCUGUUUACUCCGGUGGAGGUUAGUCGCCCGCUGGAGACUCAGAUUGAGAGGGUCUAGAGACCUUUAGUCAAGACUUCAAACUGUUUAAGAACCUCCCGCAAUAUAACUAUCUUUGAACUUGAACUUGGUAAAUUACAAUCCGGCUUAACUGCAGUCUAGGGGGAACCAUAUCCGGGUGACCUCUCUCGACUUAAAGACAACCUUUUUACUUGCUUUGCUUGUUUGCUUGUUUUGACCUUCACUAAAGUUUCACUUGGCCAUUUUCUAGAGUGACAGUAAGAGCGAGUCAUUUACUUUUCUUUAAUUAAUCAAAUGUUUUAAUUAUUUCUUGAUAAUUGAACUCAAAUUCAUGUGUAUUCAACCUAAUUCAACACGGUUUCGGUGUUGCUGAAUUUUGGGUCGGGAACGAAUUGUACCCAUCUUUUAAAUAUUUCCUCUUAUGACAAUUGAACCCAACCACAUGUGUGUUCAAGCUAAUUCGAGUCGGUGUCGAUGUAUCCGAAUUUUGGGUCGAGAAUGAAUUUUGGGUCGAGAACGAAUUUUAAACUCUUUUAUAAUUAACGAAUAGGGUCGGGUGUGCAUUUUGUUAAAAAAACACCCUGCUCUACCCGGUAUUAACGAAUUUUGGGCCUAACAAGUUUUUUUUGUCUUUUCUUCGCUUACCGAUCACGGUUACAGUCGCUUUACUACAUUUUCGUCUCCGCCUUGCAAAUAAUUUCUUACCGGGUUUUUUUGUUAUAUCGGGCUUGCAAAUGAUUUUGGAGACUUUAGGGGUUAGAUCUUUAUAUCCUUUUUUGUCUCCGCCUUGCAAAUAGUUUAUUGACCCGCUUUAUUAAACCGGUCAGAGAAAUUCAUGUGUGUUCACAAACUUUGGGUCGAUUUGGGAUUGAACCCAAAUUGAACCUGCUUCUUAUUACAGUUGAACCCAAAAUCCAGCUUUAUCGAGUUAUAUCCAAUGUUGUCGCAUUUUGUGUCGAGGACGGUUUUACCCUUGACACUUUUGGCGGCGUGAAUGAAUUUAUUUACUUUUGUAAUCAUCAAAUUGGGCCGAGAAUGCACUUUACCCACUUUUGUGAUCGAGGGAUUGGGUCACGUGUCAAUUUUGUUAGAAACUCGUCCGCUUUAUUGAACCAGUUAGAGAAAUUCAUGUGUUUUCUAGCUAAUUCAUGUGUGUUCACAAAUUUUGGGUCACUUUGGGAUUGAACCUGCCUCUUAUGAUAGUUGAACAAACAUGUUUGUUCAAUCGAAUUUGACCUGGUACUGGUGUUGCCGAGUUUUAGGUUGAGAACGAAUUUUAUCCGCUUUUAAAAUUAGCAAAUAUGGUCGGUUGUGCAUUUUGUUAAACACACAACCCAUUUUAUCCAGUUAAAUCCAGUGUUUACGCAUUUUGGAUCGAUGACGAGUUUUACUAUUGACACUUUUGGGGGCGAGACGCAAAAAAUUCCCGCUUUUGUGAUCGACGAAUUGGGUCGCGUGUGGAUUUUGUUAGAAACUAGACCUGCUUGAUCAAACCGGCCAGAGAAAUUCAUGUGUGUUCACAAAAUUUGGAUCGCUUUGGGAUUGAACCCGCCUCCUGUGACAGUUGAAUCCAAAAGCCCGCUUUAUCGAGUUAAACUCAGUGUUGACGCAUUUUGGGUCUAAGACUUGUUUUACCCUUUACACUUUUGGGGGCGUGAAUGAAUUUUAUCCAUCUUUGUAAUCAUUGAAUUAGGUCAAAAACUAAUUUUACCCGCUUUUCUGAUCGACGAAUUGGGUCGUGUGUGGAUUUUGUUAGAAACUCGCCCGCUAUAUCAAACUGGUCAGAGAAAUUCAUGUGAGUUCAUGCUAAUUCAUGUCUGUUCACAAAUUUUGGGCAGCUUUGGGAUUGAACUCGCCUCUUAUGACAGUUGAACCCAAAUUCAUGUGUGUUCAAACUAAUUUGACCUGGUACCGCUGUUGUCGAGUUUUGGGUCGAGAACAAAAUUUACCCGCUUUUGUACUUAACAAGUCAACAAAUUGGGUCGGGUGGAAAUUUUGUUACAAACUCGGCCAGUUUUAUCGAGUUGAAUCCAUUGUUGACGAAUUUUGGGUCGGGGAUGAGUUUUACCGCUUUUGUAAUCAACUAAUUGGGUUGCAUGUGGAUUUUGUUAAAAGCUCACCCCGCUUUAUCAAACCAGACAGAGGAAGUUGAAUACAGUUUUCACAAAAUUUGGGUCGCUCUGGGAUUGAACCCUAAUUAAACCCACGUCUUAUGACAAUUGAAUUGAACCCAUAUUCAUGUUUGUUCAAGCUAAUUCGACUUGGUACCGUUGUUGCCGCAUUUUUGUUCGAGAAUAAAUUUUACUCGCUUUUAUAAUUAAUGAUUUAUUGAGUUGAAUCCAGUGUUGAAAUUUUUUGGGUCAUGGACGAGUUGUACCUGCUUUUGUGAUCAACAGAUUGGGUCACGUGUGGAUUUUGUUAGAAACUUAACCCGCUUUAUUAAACUGAUUAGAGACAAUUCUAAAACACUGUUCCAUAGAAUCACUUCACAAAAAAGUGCUCCUUUUGUCAUUAACCAAAGAUAGGAGGAGUUUUUGUGUUAUUAGGGUAACUAUGUGGACUCAUUUUGGUUAAUUUAGAUUUAUUUUAAUUUUCAUUUAAUUCCCUAAUCUCUUUCCACCACUCAUCUCUCUCUCUCUCUCUCUCAUCUACCCCAUCUCCUCCUUUCUCAACAAGACGACUGAACCAAAAAGAAGACCAAAAGAGAGGAAAAACUCCAACAACAAAAUACAUGAGGAGGUGCUUUUUAUUUCUUGUGUUAUUAAACUGAUUAGAGACAAUUCUAAAACACUGUUCCAUAGAAUCACUUCACAAAAAAGUGCUCCUUUUGUCAUUAACCAAAGAUAGGAGGAGUUUUUUUGUUAUUAGGGUAAUUAUGUGGACUCAUUUUGGUUAAUUUAGAUUUAUUUUAAUUUUCAUUUAAUUCCCUCAUCUCUUUCCACCACUCAUAUCUCUCUCUCUCUCUCUCUCAUCUACCCCAUCUCCUCCUUUCUCAACAAGACUACUGAACCAAAAAGAAGAACAAAAGAGAGGAAAAACUCCAACAACAAAAUACAUGAGGAGGUGCUUUUUAUUUCUUGUCUACAAUAAUCGAACUAUGACUCAACAUUCUAUUCUUAAGUUUUUUUCUACAUUCUACCUUAAUUGCGAUUACCGGAUACUAAGGAACAAAUUAUUUCGGUAUCUAGGUUCACUUUAUAAUUCACUUACAAAAAAGUUCACUUUACAACAACAAAUCAAUAGCCCCGCCGUGAAGCGCGGACUUUGGUACUAGUAAAUAAUAGAUUUUAGGGUUUCAAUUAGUCUUUCCAUCUUUUUUCAUUUUUCUCGUAUGUUUCUAUUGCCUUCUUUUUAAAAUUAUAUACUUUCAAAUUGUUAGGUCCCCGAAAUUUAGGUUGUAUCCUUUUUAGGAAAAAAAAAGGUGUGUUUCGGGUGGUGCCGGUUAUCUAGGGUCUCCCGAUGACCUGGUUCUCUAUUUCAAGGGCGAAUUGCUGCCUUAUGUCUAUGUUGACUUGUUGGCUCUUUGGCCUGGAUUGUCCUAGUAGGGACCUUUGUUUGUUCAUUUUGCAGGUGAAGAUUCAAUUGCAAAAUAGUCGAUCGGUGGUGGUUGUCUUGUCCAUAACAAUUGAUACGGCGAGAUGGUGGGAGGCGACUUGGCGCAUGAUUGAGGUGGAGCUCUACUAGAGGAUACUCGGAGCUUAGCUUCUCACUUCAGUUGGUUUUCUUUCUGCUUUGUUUCUCAUCGACUAAAUAGGGCUGCCCAUCAUGUGGCACACAAGGCCCUCUCAUCGAGAGUUCGACUAUUGGUCGACUCCCGCGUUUUUUCUUUCUUCCUCGUGACUAUCUUUUCAACACUAACUUUGCGGGAAAAAAAAAAGAUUUUAGGAGAAAUAUGUGAUAAUUGAAUUUUUAAUGUGAUGUGGCUCUCGUGAAGGUCAAUUUUUUAAUUUUUUUAAUAAUUAAUUAACAUGGGUGAUUGUCACAUCAGAAUAUCUCUUACACAUCAGCCUAGCAUCUGCCAACUCAACAUCAUCUAAUGGACGUGUUAAUGCAGACUUCACGGUUGGCUAAUAAUUUGUAUUUUCAUAGUUGUGGCUGGCUAAUAUAUUGUAUUUACCCUACUUAUAAUGUCUAAAUUCCGACAAAGAAUUGUUCUUAAUUAUCCAAUACACUAUAUCCUUCUUUCUCUUCAUAAUUGGUUAUAAUGACUCUUCCUUAUACCGUCCACUCGACAACGAACACUUAAGAGCUUAACAGUCGCCUGAAUCUAUCAAAACAAAAUGUUGUUACAACACAGAUAUGUCAUAAAACCAGUAAAAAACAUAACACAUCAAACCUAAUGAUCCGUUCACUUGUCAUUCCGUUUUUCAUAGACGCAGUGAAGACAAUCUCUAACAACAAACAGACCCGUCUAAACUAAUGAAACUUUUUCCAUUAAUCUGAAACAACCGCAUUCCAUGCCGCUCAAAAUGCGGGCAGAAAUCCAACUGCAAAGGAAAAUGUUCAAACUGCGGCACUUAAAGCAAGAGCUGCCGGCCAGCGUAGGCAGGCAGGCAGGCCGUCCAUUGUUGAAUUUGUCAAAUCCUCCCUUCCCUUAAGUCCUUAACCACAGUAAUUAACGCCCAUCAAUGACGACAAGAAGAAGAGAAAGAAGAAACCAACUACAACUCUUAAUUACAAUUAACAAUUAGUUGUUCUUGUUUCAGUUCUAAGUUCUAACCUUCAUAACAAAUCCUCGCUAUCCCUAAAUUCACUCCCUCUGGAUACCCGUUCAUUCACACAAAAGCCUAGAUUUCGUUCCUUACAAACCCACCAAAAAGCUCGCUUCCCCACACGAUUGCGAGAUUUUUUUUUGUUAAUUAUUCAACUACACAGGAAUACAAGACAAAAAAAAAAGCCGAUUAAUUUAUUAGCACAGUACCUUGAUCGCCUUCUUCUGUCUCUGUUCUGUUCUCUCUCUCUUUCAUGGCAUGACUCGUUCGUCUCGUGGAUGAGUUUGUUCUCUUCCUCUUCUCUAUUCAAAUUUAUGCUAACGUGGGCUUCCCGACACACGACCAUUUCCUUCAUUGGAUUUGAAGUUUUCCUUCCUCUGUUUUCCCCGUUGAGACCAGACUUUUUCCUUGUUUUCUCCUCGCCGGUUGUAUCAUGUCGAUCCUGAGCAAAUCCAUCAGCAGCUCCGGCAUCUCCACCACCGGAGCAGCGGCGGCGCCUGGUGGUGCUUCUUCCUUCCUGGAAUUCAAGAAGCAGGCUUCUUUCUUCUUCAGGGAGAAGAUCAAGACCGCUCGAUUGGCUCUCACCGACGUCACUCCUGCUCAACUGUUGACUGAAGAUGCUACUAGUGGGAAUCCAUGGGCUCCAGACACUCGUACACUGGGAUCCAUCUCCAGGGCUGCUUUUGAGCUCGAUGAUUACUGGAGAAUCGUCGAGAUUCUCCAUAAAAGAUUGUCGAGAUUUGAGAGAAAGAACUGGAGAGCGAGCUACCAUUCCCUAAUUCUGCUGGAACAUUUGCUGACUCAUGGACCUGAGAGCGUGGCCAGGGAGUUUCAGGAAGACAGAAAUGCUAUCAAGGACACCCAAAGCUUUCAGUACAUUGACGAGAAAGGCUUCAAUUGGGGGCUGACGGUGAGCAAGAAAUCGGACAGGAUUCUGAAGCUGCUAGAGAGUGAAAUUUUCCUCAAGGAGGAGAGACAAAGAUCCAGAAAGCUAACCAGAGAGAUCCAAGGAUUCGGAAGCUUCUCCCAGAGAUCAACAUUGUCUUCUUCUUCUUCUUCUUCUUCCAAACAUGGCGUUCUCCAACAAUAUUCAUAUGGGAGAAGCCAUUCUCAGUUCAACGAUCACGAUUCUGAGGAAAAUCAGAUUACAUGUGAAACCCGAGAAAGUUUGAUCCAAAAUAAGAUGAAUAAAGAUGUCAACUUUGAGAAUGACAGAGUUGGGGGGCAGAGGAACCUCAACCCCACUGGUAAGAAACUUGAAGCAAGAAGCUUCAAGGAGAAUAUGGCUCCUGAUGAAGAAGUGGAUGAAGCGUGGGACGACUACAUUGGUGAAGUUAAUCCGCUUUUGGACAGCCGGAGAGAGGAAGUAGCCAGGGUUCCAGUAGAUGCAGAAGAAGAUCAUCCUUUCAGCAAUCGUAAUACUGAGUAUCAAACAGCUGCUGCUUCUCUCCUUUCAGCAAGAGAUGGAAUCCUGCAAGGAUGCUAAGAACGAAAACUAAAGCAAGCAAACACUUCGUCUGCAAAAUUCUCCUGGCGACUUUCGGCAGAGGGAAAGGGAGUUUCUUUACUGUUUUUUGUGCUUCUUUUAGUAAAUGUGGGUGAGGAUU